AUGGCGGCGAAUUCGCGCAAAAAGGGAGCAAAGGAUUCCAAACAUUCGCUUCAGGAGGCAUUAGAUGAAUGCCACGAUCUUCUGCAGAAGAUGAAGAAGCCUAAGAGGAAAUCGCGCUUCAAUUUUUUCAGGGAUCCUUUGACGGGGAGACGUAAAAGUCACUACCCAUACAAGCCACGUUUUCAAGAUGAGCAUGUUCCAUGCACCAGCUCAAAUGAUGGUAAAAAAUGUGGUUAUUUAUCUUAUAAACCCCUUUGUCUUGGUCAAGUUAGAGUUGUAUAAACCAUUUUUUAACGUAUUCUAUUCCAAAAUAUUGAAACUUACUCUUUGGAGAGUAAUGACUAACGCUACCAUUAUUAUUUUACCCAAACAAGAUAUCGAUCAGAGUUUAUUGGGAGAAGUAGAUGAUGUAGGACAUGAGAUGCCAUCAACAUCUAGUGUCGAGGGUAAGUUUUGUACAUCGCAAAGUUGUUUUUAAUCCAAACACCUACAGAAUUUGUCUGGCAUUUUAUCAAUCAUAUUAAACAGAGUUUAAGCUAAUAGUUGAAAAUACAUGAUCUUGCCAUGUGUUGUAAUUCCUUUUUGAAAUUCUUAUUUAAAAUUACUUAGUUAAUCCUCUCCCCAUUUGCAAUGCUAGAUUGUUAUAGUUAGUGUACUGUUAUAGUAUUAUGAUUGUAAGAAAUAAAGUUGGUGUAAUCAAUUGGCCCAUUUUUCCAAAAUGAUUUAGUACAUGGAAAUAAAUGGCAAUUAAUUUUGCAAGUAAUUUUGCUUCAUAAACUCUAAAACUCAUAAACUCUAGUAGCUAAAAAUUAUUUUUUGUUUAAUAGAAGAUGACCUUGAAACCACUAUAGUAAGAUGUGAGGAGGUCCUUGCCACUUUUCCAAGUACCUCAAGAAAUUGGGAGACACGGAUGACUAGUUUGACUUCCAGCUGGGACAGUGCCAGGAAGCAAUUAAUAGAGGCUGUCCUUACCUGUGAGGGCCUUCCAUCCCCAGAUUGUUGCAGCAUUUGCUUGGAAGGGAAAGUCGGUAUACGGUGUAUUGAGUGCCCAAUUCAGUUUAUGUGCUCAUCAUGUGAUGAAAAAGUGCACAACUGUUUGCCUUUUCAUGACAGGGACGCAUAUGUGAAUGGGUACUUUCAUGCCAUCCCUCCAACUGUAGGAGUUGAUGAAGAAGAUUGCACACAAAUAAUAGGUAUAUAUAUGUUGAUUGUAAAUGUAGUUGAUGGAGCUUUGAGAAAUAAAAGUUUAUGCACAGUAAUGUGGUGAGAUGUACAUUUGCAUGGAUUAUGUCUUAGUUUUACUUUGUGUUACAACAUCGCAAAUGACAGACCUUUUUGAUUGUAAUUUUGUUUCUUUUCUCUCAUCAGCUUAGUCCUUUCCAGUCCCCAAUAUUCCAGAUCAUUGUUCAAGUUGUAAAGAGACUGGAUUCAUAAAACAACUUCCAUCUCCUGGGUUCUUAAUAAUAGUUAAUGAAAAA